AUGAAUUCAACUAUCAUUAGUAGCAACGAGCAAUACACUAACAUUUUUACUAGUGCUUCGUAUUCAUUUUGGUUUUGUUUCCUGAUUGUCUGUAGUAUUUUUUCGAUUUCCUGUUCUGUCCUUGACUUCUAUCAAUUUAUAAAACAUCGUCGAAUCUUGAUCUAUGAAAAUAUUACUCAUCACAUUAUUCUCUGUUUAACUGUGAAUGAUUUUAUUCAACUUACUUUCAUUGAACCAUUAGCAUACAUUUAUUUUUAUUUUGGACACACAAAAUUUUUAUAUAGUACCACUUUUUGUCUGUUUUGGCCAUAUUUUAACUACGUUUUCGUCACUCAAUCGUUACUUUUUACAGCGUAUGCCGCAGUUGAACGUUAUCUGCUUUUAUUUCAUAAACGACUUGUGCUGAAACAUAAAAUUUUAUUUCAUUAUAUCCCAUUAUUACUCACCAUUCUUUACCUUCCUUGCGUCGAAAUUUAUUUGAUCUUUUUGUUUCCAUGUACACAUAAUUUUGAUGCAACUCUAUAUCUAUGUGGUGUGCCAUGUUUUGCUAAUUCAUAUACAGUUGGUAUUAUCAAUCAAAUUGUACAUUUACUUUUUCCUGUUGUAGUUCUUGUUUUUUUCAAUAUUUUGAUUAUUAUCAAAGUUUUAAUACAAAGGAAAAAUUCUGCUGCAGCUGCCGGUGCAACUUUUCUAAGGAGUCAUUUCUGGAAACAAAACAGUCGGAUGAUAAUUCAAUUGAUGGCCAUAUGUCUAUUAGCAUCUGCAGUUUGGAUACCGUAUGUAACAACAGUUUUGAUCAUAAUAUUUAGUGAUCCUGGAUUAGGUGAUUCAAUAAUCUACUUCAAUAUUCUCAACGGAGCUUUUUUACCUCUGCCUACGACACCAUUCUUUGCUCUGAUUGGAUUUCCAGCAGAAAUAAGAAGAAAUAUAUUUAUUUCAGUGAGGAAUCUCAAAACAAUAUGUCGAACGCAUAAUCGUGUUGCAGAUAUAAUGCCAAGAACUGAAAACAAUUGA